UACAGCAAAGGUAGGCCUCACAGUGCUGCUCACAGACAGGCUGGCCUCACGCCUGCUGGCUCUUGACCAGCAGCUUAUGGAGCUGUAGAUAGCAGUAGCUGAGAUACAUUAUCUGGAAAGGCCUCCCUCACACUGCCAGGAAGCCUCUGACAGACUCAGAUGUAUUUGUUUUCUCUCUCUGCACUUUGAGGAGGCAAGCCACAAUCAUGAUACGGGCAGGGAUACCCGCUGUGACGCACGCCAGCCACGUAGCAGAUAGCGCAGCGGCGGUGGAGGAGCCCCCACCCCACUCUGACUGUUGCCCGAUAACACCUUAGGGGAAAUCAACACUUUACCAUUAACACCUCGUUUUGUCUCAAAGAUAUUAUUGCCUUCUUGUUUUCUAGUCUACCUGCGUUUUUGUCGGUGGCAAGAUGGUCGACUAACAACUAACUCUUCAGCGCACAGUCUGUAUUCCUGAACUUAUUAUUAGACCAACGUGUGAAGUCAUCUCACAGCCUGGAGACCGAGCUGCAGUCAUAUUCUGAGAUAGACUGCGAUGCUCUCAAAGAAAGAAAAAGAGCUGCUUGCAGAAAUAUGGGGAAGACUGACUCCUGUGGCAGAGGACAUUGGGUCAGAGGCGCUUCUUAGGAUGUUUAUCUCUUACCCAGGUACCAAGACUUACUUCUCCCAUCUGGACAUCAGUCCUCGCUCACCUCAUUUGCUCUCUCAUGGGAAAAGGAUCGUUCUGGCCAUAGCCGAGGGAGCCAAAGACAUCAGCCAGCUGACCGUCACCUUAGCCCCUCUGCAGACCCUGCAUGCCUACCAGCUCCGGAUAGACCCCACCAACUUCAAGUUCCAGUUCCAGUACUCUGCAUUGGUCACAAGAAACCAAGACCGUCAUCAGACAUCUGAGCAGGCAAAAAUCUCUUUUUACUUCACCAGUUCUGUGUUGAUGUGUAAUUUAUCUUCAGUAAAAAUAAUUUACUGAGAACUAGAUGCAAUGUUUUUCAGUUUUUCAGUAAAAAAAGUAAAUGUAGCUGCUCAAUUAUGUAUUUGUCAGCGUCUCAACCACUCAAAGGGGGAAAAAAGACUACUUCAGAACUGGUGAAGCAUAACCCAGGGGUGCAGAGCUUGAAAUUUGUCUUUAAUGAUUGUAACUGAAACCAGCAUUCAGUCAGUAAUGACUCUUUUCCUUCCCUGCAGCUCUUCUCACACUGUAUGCUAGUGACCCUGGCGUGCUACCUGGGCGAUGACUUCACACAUGUUGCACAUGCAGCGAUGGACAAGUACCUGUCAGCUUU